CGACUUGGAAUUGGAUUCCGUUGGAAAGCCCUCGUUCAGCAUGCGGCGGACCGCUUCAUCUCUCCUUCUCAAAUCCCUCUCCACCUUCUCCACCGAAACCCUCAACCGCCGACCGAUUCCCCUCCUGCUCCCUUUACCUUCGGCCGUCCCAGUUAGAUGGCGCCCGCUUCUUUCGAAUCAAGGCCGUCUCGGCUUCUCCACCGGCGGGGCGGCGGUCGAUUACCUCAAGGAAGUGGACGAGAUAAACUUAAAGUUCGCGGAGGCCAGGGAGGAGAUCGAAUCCGCUAUGGAGUCGAAGGAGACGAUUUACUUCGACGAGGAGGCGGAGUGCGCUCGCGAGGCGGUAAAGACGGUGCUGGACAUGUUCGAGGGGCUUCUGGGUAGGCUGCCAGAGAAAGACCAGACGGCGCUGAAAAGGUCGAUGGGCCUUAAGAUCGAGCAGCUGAAGGCGGAGUUCAAACAGCUGGAUGAUGAAUGAUUCUAGAGAAAAGGAAGUAGAGAUUGAAGUUGAAUGAUACAACUAAAUUACAAGAUUUGGGUUGGUAUUCCCUAGAAGAUUAAACUAGUUUGCUUUGACUCUGUCAUGUCAAGUUUUUUCUCAUCAGAGUUAUUUUCUCUACAUUCAUCAUGGAGUGUUAUUGAUAUCUAUGACAUUCUUAUUCUCUUUAAUCACUGUAGUUGUUUUGAUUAUUAGACCUUAUUGUAAAUAAUAUCUGAUACAAUGAAAGUUAAUAUACUCCGAAGGCAAUUUGUGAUAUC